CAGAAUAAACGAACUGUUAAAUGGGAAGCGCGCUACCGUGACUUAGUUCCGAUUGCAUCUCUGCUCAUAACCACUCUGCUCUCCCCGAGUGUCGUCGUGGUACUUGACACUCCUGCAGCUCUCUUCUCUGUAUGAUGGCCGCAACGCUCGAGAACGAGGUCGUCUUCGCCGAGGCCGACGACGACGACGGCAUGCCCCCCCUUGUAGACAAUCCCAACCCAGCCAUGACCUUCACGUUCGCGACGGACAUGAGUCCCAUCACCUUCAGCAGCGACGCGGCGGGCUACGAGCUGCCUCCAGAAAGUGGCGUCCCCGAGAUGUCGAUCUACUCACCCCCGGCAUCGCCUGCUCUCGGCCCAAUUCGCGUGUCGCACGCGAAGAAACGCGACCCGUCCUAUAUACCGCGCCCCCCGAACGCCUUCAUUCUGUUCAGGAGCUCCUUCAUCCGUGCCGAACACAUCCCGGGCAAGAUUGAGGGAAAUCACAGCGCGCUCUCGAAGAUCAUCGGUAAAUACUGGAAGGCACUUCCGCGCGAGGAGAGGGAGGUCUGGGAGGCGAAGGCCAUCGUAGCGCAGGCCGAGCACCGCAUGAAGUAUCCGGAUUGGCGGUUCAGGCCCAGCGCGAACGCACUCGCCAAAGUGAAGGAUGGACCGAAGAGGCGCAGCAGGAAAGGGCGUGGAGAGGCGGAGAAGGAGGUUCGAAGUCGAGAGAAGAGGUGCGCCAAAAUCGCUGAUUUACUGGUCGCUGGGACGACCGGGCCUGCGCUCGAGGCCGCGGUGAAGGCGUACGAUUGUGCCGCAGAAGGCGAUACGAAGGCGGAGAAGGUGAAUAUCGAGGCCGCCGUGGCUGCGGCGCCGAAGGAGGAGGCAAAGGACGGUGGCCUGCCUAGCGAUGCGACAGAGGUGGUCGGUCGGCCGCCGCAGUUUACUCUCGAUGAUCGCCCUGGUCGUAUGCCAGGCAGUGGAACGCGCGCAAAGACUCCAGACGCUGCUUACGACGCGAGGUUCAAGAUUCCGCUGACCUCCAUGUUUAAGCGGUCGUCGUCCGCCCCUGCUUCACACUUCCGUUACAAUAGCGGUCAAACCGAUAACCUGGGUCGCGCUGAGACGGCUAGCGGGUGCGCGAUGCCCGCAACGCCCCCUAUGGUCUAUGCGUCGCCCACUUCUCGCGACAUUGCCUCGCCUGCCCCCGAACACGAGGAGGCAACACGUGUAGACUCUGUCACGUAUCCGUUGAAUGACGGCAUAGACAAGACGGCCCCGGAUGGCACGGCCGCCACGCAGCAGUCCGUGCCGAACUUCUACGGUGCCGGAGAGUUCAUUCCCUUCGGCGACAGUCCACAGUGGCACGCGGCAUCCGCUGCAAGCCCUGCUGUAACCGAGUGCUGGAGCCCGACUCUGCCCUCUUUCACCCCGGACGUCGACGGUGCCAUGAGCCCUGCUCAGCCAUCGAGUCCCGUCGCGUUCAAUAUAUCCAGUCCCCAGGUAGGGAACAAUGCGUUCGACCUUCCGAUGUUCUCAGGCUUCGGUGGAUACCAGCACGCGUCUUUCCACUCUUCCUAUUCAUCGCUCAACGGGUGGGCUGGCGAUGCGUUCAUGAAGGGGGAUCAGCCCCUGUCUCUUAUGGCGCCCCCUUACGUUCUCCCGCCGUCGGCGGGCGCCGGCGUGAUGAUGAAGGACACGUUCGAGGCCGCGACAUUCGUCGAUUGGCGUGGCAUUGUUGGGGCAUCGAUGGUCCAAGACUUUUCGAUCUAUCCACCGAACAAUACACGCGAUCUCGAAGGUGGGCAAUAUUAUCCUGCAGCGCUGCAGAAUAUUGGCUGUCACCCAAGCAACAGUCCGUAUGUGUUUUGAUGGCGACCGGCUUCGAAGGACGCUCGGUGACCGGAACGUCUGAACGGUGCUCUUGAACGAUAUCGGGAAGAUUCAACUCUUCCGUCUCGAGGCUGGCGAUCGGACUCUCGUAUCGCGUGCCCCCGUU